AUGGCGGACAUCACCGAGCUAGGAGCCGCCUACGCCAUGUCUCCGGUCCUGGCGGGCUUCCUGGGAGCUGGUGUUCUGGUUUUGGUCGUGGUGGUUCUGGUUCUGCUCUGGUCUUUCUGUCAGCGCCGUUACCUUCGCGUCUCUGGACGCUACAAGCUGCACGGCGACCGUUACUGCGACGCCGAGGACCCCCCUUACAAGUUCAUCCACAUGUUGAAGGGCAUCAGCAUUUACCCAGAAUCCCUCAGCAGCAGCAAGAGGAUCGUCCGGGGCAUCCGGCGCGCGGACCGCUCCAACCGUGACGGAGAGCGCGGCUGCCCCGCCGGCGCCGUUGGCGGCGUGGGGAGGGGCAUGGUGCUGGUGGACGCUGAGAACAACAUCCUGGACGUCCCUGGUCAGCUGCAGAUGAGUCACCUGGUCCCCCCCGCCGGGCCAGGCCCCGCCCACGCCGUGGCCCGGACGGAGCGAGCCCUGCCGGUCCGCGCCGACUACUGCUGCCUGGACAGCAGCUCGGCCAGCAGCAGCCAGACCAGCAGCAAGACGGCGUCCCCCUUCACCCCCGCCUCCUCGGAGCCGGAGCCCGACCCCAGUCUGGGCGCCAUCAGCCUCACCGUCGACUACAACUUCCCCAAGAAGGCCCUGGUGGUGACCAUCGUCGGGGCCCGGGGCCUCCCCGCCAUGGACGAGCAAGCGGGCAGCUCGGACCCCUACGUGAAGAUGACCAUCCUGCCGGAGAAGAAGCACCGCGUCAAGACCCGCGUGCUGAGGAAGACCCUGGACCCGCUGUUCGACGAGACCUUCACCUUCUACGGCGUGGCCUACAGCUCGCUGCCCGAGCUCACCCUGCACUUCCUGGUCCUCAGCUUCGACCGCUUCGCCCGCGACGACGUCAUCGGGGAGGCCGUGGUGCCGCUGAAGGGCGUGGACCCGAGCACGGGCCGAGUCCACCUGAGCCAGCAGAUCACCAAGAGGAACAUGCAGUGUGAGAGCCGUGGAGAGCUGCUGGCGUCUCUGUCCUACCAGCCGGUGUCUCACCGUCUCAGCGUGGUCGUCCUGAAGGCUCGACACCUCCCCAAGAUGGACAUCACCGGCCUGUCAGCGAACCCGUACGUGAAGGUGAACGUCUUCUACGGACGCAAGCGCAUCGCCAAGAAGAAGACCCACGUGAAGAAGUGCACGCUGAACCCGGUCUUCAACGAGUCCUUCAUCUACGACAUCCCGCCGGAGCUGCUGCCCGAGAUCUCCGUGGAGUUCCUGGUGGUCGACUUCGACCGGACCACCAAGAACGAGGUGCUGGGCCGCCUGCUGCUGGGCCUCCACAGCCCCGCCCCCUCCGGCGCCUCCCACUGGAAGGAGGUCUGCGAAAACCCCCGCCGGCAGAUCUCCAAAUGGCACAACCUGAACGAGUACUGAGGGAGGACCAGAAACCGGCUGGGACUCCACCAGUGAACACCACUGGGAAACACAGACUCAGUGUACAGCGCACAC